ACAAGAGUCACUUGUAUUCUUAUUGAAUAUACUCGAUUCUCGAAAACAGAUGGUAUCACGUGAUCUACCCCAAGCAGUAAAAGACUUGUUCGCCCAGUAACGCAACUGAAGAACAGCGGCUUCAUGUAUGCCAUCUAGGAGACUAUUUUAAGCGGGGGAGCAGAGCCUAUUCCUCCAUUAUAACAAUUCACAUAUUCACGUGUUGAGCUACCGGCCAUCUAGUUUAUCCGUCCCGGCAGAUAGGGGAACUCGAACGCGACGCGACUUCAAUUAACUCUCCAUUUGCGCCUCUCAUCACCACCCUCCAAACCCGCAUCUCCCACCCUCGCAACGCAUCUCAACAUCCUCACCCCAUCUCCAUCUACCCUCCCACCAAUCCCACCAAACGCCCAGCUAAAAUGUCCACCCUCCUCCGCCAAACGACCCUCCGCACCCUCCCCUCAAUCCGCCGCACCUUCUCCACAACCCCUCUCUCCUCCAGCUUCGCAAAAAUGACCCUCGUCGGCCGUCUCGUCGCUCAGCCCGAGUUACAAGCUACCUCGACCGGGCGGGAGAUCCUGAAAUACAGCGUUGCGACUUCCCACGGACCGCGCGAUAACCAGAAGACCAGUUUCUUCAACGUUACGAGUUUUAUGCCCGAGGGUGCUGGAAGGGAUUUUAGGCAGGGGUUAGAGAAGGGGACGCUUGUGUAUGUCGAGGGCGAUGCUUCGAUUUCACAAUACCAAGACGCAGAAGGCAAAAAUCGGAGCUCGUUGAGCGUCGUUGAGCGAACACUCGAAGUCCUGGCCUACAGAAAGCCUGCUGAGACUGAAGCUACACCCGAAGCUGCAGCUGCGCAUUAAAGACCUUGUAAAAAUAUACUACCUACACGAUGGCUAUGUCUGUACGAAUCUGUUGGAGUUGUAAUCAGGAAGCGAGAGGAGAGGUUUGAUACGUGGGAAAAGGCGAGAGGGAUGGAGGCAUAAGUUUUGUCGGAACAUAUUUGUUUGUUUGAUUGAGUCAAUACCAAUACCACUCUUCUCUUCUGAUUCCUUUUGUAUGUUGAAUGCUUCUUCUAGGUAUCAUUCUUAAGUCAAUGGCCAGAUGGCGAAGUACGGGAGCAGAAGCGCAGCGAUUUCCAAAGACCUUCGGUGUCCCCAGUCAAUAGUGAUGUUCAUACAGUAGUUGUCUAUGCGCAAGACUAUCUGCGAAGUCCUCUACGUUAUACCGUAGUACCUGGGAUACA